AUGAACGAGCACGUACGCAGAGAUUCCCUCACCAAGGUGGCCAACAUGAACGCAAGCGCAAUGGACAGCCUGGCGGCCUCAAUUUACCUGAACAUCGGCAAGCCGUACAUGAUCACGGCCAAUAUCGACGUAAGUGACGGCUUCAUUAAUGGAAACAUAGGCACCUUAUGGUACAUCGAGUGUGAUGAACAGGGCAACCUCUUGCGACUGUGGUUUGAAUUUCCUUCGUCCACGGUCGCCAGCAUGAGCCCCCGGAACUUCCUCAGCCAGGGAGACCGCAGGAGGUGCUUGCAGAAGGCUGUCAGGCUGAACAGCCAACACAGGCGCGGCCACAGCGAGGCAGCGCUGGCCUUGGGCAUGGCGGAAACGAAACACCUUCUCCUGUCGCGGAGCAAGUGGCACCUGAGCUUCAGCUACAACGCGUGUUUCCUGGGGCUUCUGGGCAGCCUUUGGACAACAUUUCCCGUACGGCCGGAUAAGCACGGAAAGAUGGGGCAACCGAUUGAACUUCUGGCAAAUCACUUUGCGAUUCAGUUGCCCGAUGGGGACGUCUACCACUACGACGUGACAAUCAUUCCUCCUUCCAAGAAGGAAGAGGCCAGGGCCCCCGCCCAGAAAAAAAUUCGAUGUCUCAGCACACGUGUCAACCGGCUUGUCAUUGAAAAUCUAGUGGCUAAGUAUCGCGGCGAGCUUAACAAAUGCCUUCCUGCAUUUGACGGGCGAAAAAACUUGUACACACGAAGGAGGCUGCCAUUCAGGGAAAGGACAUUCAACGUACCAUUCACAGAAGAUGACCGUGAGCAAAUGUUCAUUGUUCACAUUCAAUACGCAGCGACAGUGAACUUAGACGCACUGCAUGCGGUGUAUGAGGAACGAGCGCGCGUAGUACCUCAAGAAGUGAUCCAGGCAUUAGACAUCAUCAUGAGGCACGGUCCUUGCAUAACGCUAACACCUGUAGGACGAUCUAUGUUCAAAGCACCACUACCAAAUAUGAAGAGACCCAUCGGGGGAGGUCACGAGGUGUGGUUCGGUUACCACACCAGUGUGCGUCUGGCUCAGUGGAAACCCUUGCUCAACGUGGACAGCUCUGCGACGGCUUUCUACGAAGCCAUCCCUGUGAUCGAAUUUAUGUGCAAACUGCUGUCUGGACCUCAGGGUCCGCUGCAUCCGGACAGCAUCCGAAACCUGAGCUCAUCAGAGUGCGUGCAACUGUCUAAGGAGCUCAAAGGCGUACGUGUCAAGGUGCUGCACCUUAAAUACCCUCGAAAAUAUCGUGUCGGAAAAGUCACGCAAGUACCAGCUCAGGAUCUGAGGUUUGCACUCGAAGACGGAAGUAUAAUUUCAGUGGCAGCGUACUUUCGAAAGCAUUAUCCAAACUUCACUCGCUACCCUAAUUUGCCAUGCAUUCAGGCUGACACAAAGAGACCCGUCUAUCUACCACUUGAAGUCUGCCACAUCGUGGAAGGACAACCGUACAGGAAAAAACUGAGUGGCUCGAUGACGACCAAAAUCAUACGGGACACUUCACAAGCACCCAAGAAACGCUUUGACGUUAUCCAAAACUCAGUUCACGAUAUGGUGCUAAGAAGCGCGACAUAUCUGAAUGAGUUUGAUAUUCAAGUCAGCACCGAGCCGACGUGCCUUACCGGCCGGGUUCUGACUGCGCCAUCUCUGGAGUUUGGUGGCGCGCAGCCACUAGUGCAACCCAGUGAUGGCGCGUGGGACUUAAAGAACAGUAAGCUCUAUGAUGCGAAACCCAUAGAAAGCUGGGCUCUUCUCGGUGUCAAUUGCCGGCUCCAUCCACAAAAGAUCGACAACCUCAUAGGCAUGCUUAAGAGGAUCGGCGGUAAUCUGGGCAUGAGAGUAAGUGAUCCGGUAUGCGUGGUGAGCGGGGACAGUAGGCCAAUCUUCCAAGUCCUUGAGCAAAUGAAAUCCAGAGGCAUUGUGCUGGUCGUUGUCGUACUCGGACAGCAGGCUUCUUAUGCGGCCAUCAAAGAGGCGGCUGAAGUCAAGCUUGGCAUCCGCACCCAGUGCAUCAAGGAACUCAAUUUCACGAAUACGACGAAGUGCAGCGAUUCAUUGAUAAGAAAUCUGUGCUUGAAGAUCAAUGCAAAACUUGGUGGCACAAAUAACAGUUUCCUGAACGGGGAGAUGCCAAGUGUCCUCGACGAGCCAGUAAUCAUCAUUGGUGCCGAUGUGAGCCAUCCAGCACCAGGUGACAAGGUUAAGCCAUCCAUCGCUGCGUGCGUGGCGAGCAUGAAUGCCAUCCCAUCCCGCUACCGGGCUUCCAUUCGUGUCCAGAUCCAGCAGGAACAGGCAGUGGCCCGAGUGGAAAUAAUCGAGGACUUGAAGGCAAUGGUUACAGAGCUCCUCAUAGCUUUCUUUCGGGAGACAGGACAUAAGCCAGGCAAGAUCAUCUUCUACCGAGACGGAGUCAGCGAGGGCCAGUUUGGAUUCGUGCGGAACCAAGAACUGUCAGCCAUCAGGGAGGCCUGCCUCAAGCUCAACCCGGACGGCUCGUACAAGCCUGCAGUUACGUUUGUCGUUGUCCAGAAGCGGCACCAUACUCGCUUUAAGCCAGUCAACUCAGAAGAUGGCGUAGGUAAAGACAAAAAUAUUCCUCCCGGCACGACCGUGGACACGGUGGUGACCCAUCCGGUCGACUUUGACUUCUUCCUCUGCAGCCACGCCGGGAUACAAGGAACGAGCAGGCCCGCGCACUACUACGUUGUCCAUGAUGACGCAGACUUUACUUCUGACGAGCUCCAGAAGCUCAGCUACUACCUCUGCCACACAUACGCGCGCUGCGCAAGAAGUGUGAGCAUUCCAGCGCCGGUGUACUACGCCCACUUGGCUGCUUUCCGCGCCAAGGAGCACAUUGCUAGCGCUUGCAACGUCUCAAGCGGCAGCAGCUUUAGUUCGGAAGGAGGCGACAGUGUCACCACCGAGCAGUAUGUGCGUGCUGUCAGCGUUUCCCAGGAUUUGAAAAAAACCAUGUACUUCGUCUGAAGGCGCUGCCAUUGGAAAGAAACUUGACUAAGGAAGCCUGAAAGUGACGUAAUUUAAUUCACAACUCACUGAGUAUGUGCGACCGCGCUGUGGAACGGGAUGGCAGGCUGAUUCCUCGCUGCAUUAAUCUUCUGCCGGGUCGGCAAAGAUAUUGGUUCAUUUAACAGGUUAUUAGGGACCUAUUUUAUGGACCUAAUUACCGCCACGACCGAAUGAGAGUGUAAGUGAUAAAGAAGAUGGCUUGGAAAUGUGUCAGCCUACUUCUCAGAGAUAAAAAGUUCUUGAACACGGAGUCAUGCUGCAGCCAGCGUUUCCACAAAGGGGCUUGUUUUCUUCAAGGCUGCAAUUGAAGAAGGCAUGUCCGCCUGUCGGAACGUUGGCUCCAGCGUCACCCCGUGUUCAAUAAUUUUUCAUCUCUUCAGACUUCCAUCUUCCCCUCAACUUUCGCCAUUAUGGUACUUCUCGAUUUCACCAGGGUAGCCUCGGGCUAACGGGCUAGAGCUUGACUAAAAUGAUCGGAGGAGAGACCUAUAAGAGUGAUGAUACGACGUAGAACGAGAAAGAAGACGUUUCCUUGCGCGUUUGCAUAAAGUGCGGAGAGCUGAACAAGCUGCUUAUGAACAAAACGUGAACGCAGAGAGGCUUCCGCCUUCAACGUACGCUACUUCGUGUCGCUUUCCGGGGACACAAUCGGUGCUCAAUUCUCACCUCGGCCACGUCAGCCUGCGUGGCAGCUGCCAAAGUGAGAACAGUGAAGCAACUUUUGCUGUCACUCCUACGUUUCUUGCGUUUUCUGCUCAUUUCUGCCGUUCAGCGCAGUACUUAAUCCGAAAUAAACAUCGAUUUUUGUUGAUUUGA